AUGUUAUCAAGGACGGGCUACAUCUGUCGGAGCUGCCAACGCUCACAGAAACAUGUCACCGUCACGGGGACUCGACUGCUAGGGGACAAUGUCCGCUACUACAGCACACGACCACGGCCGCUGCAUCUUGCCAUCAUCGGCUCUGGUCCGGCUGGCUUCUACUCCGCAUACAGACUAUUGAAAAGUCUACCAGAUGCGCGCGUCGACAUGUACGAGGGACUGCCCUCGCCAUAUGGACUUGUACGAUUUGGUAUCGCUCCAGAUCACCCAGAAGCAAAAAAAUGCUCCGAGACUCUAGUUGAAGUAGCGAAAUAUCCCGGCUUCAACUACAUCGGCAACACGCCCAUAGGCGAUGGACCGUCCCAACUACCUCUCUCUUUGAUAGCUCCCCACUACGAUGCAAUGCUCUUCGCGUAUGGCGCCUCGAAGGACAAGAGAUUGGGUUUGCCUGGCGAAGAUUUCAAAGGCGUACACUCGGCAAGAGCAUUUGUAGGAUGGUACAAUGGGUUGCCGGAAUAUGCAGAUCUGCAACCAGACCUCGAAUCAGGAGAUACUGCCGUGGUCAUUGGACAAGGAAAUGUAGCAUUGGAUGUGACGCGCAUUCUCCUCGCGCCACUGGAUGAGCUGAGAAAGACGGAUAUUUCAGAGCAUGCUGUGGAAGCUCUCAGCAAAAGCAGGAUUCGCGACCUGAAAAUUCUCGGACGUAGAGGACCUCUGCAAGCUCCAUAUACGAUCAAAGAGCUACGUGAGCUCCUCAGAAUGCCAGGGCUUGGAUUUGUCCCUCCACCGGAAGGAUGGGAGGAACUGGUCCAGAUUCCGCGGAAGAAGCUCCCGCGACAGCUAAAACGCAUCAUGGAACUGCUGGAGAAGGGUGCAACAACCCCGAUCGAACAAGCAGAAAAGGCGUGGCAGUUGGGCUUUCUACGAUCGCCGGUAGAGUUCCUCUCCCAGAAUGGCACAGCACUGGAUGCAAUAGCUUUCGAGCAGACCGAGUACGUCGAGGAGCUUGCCUCGGUGCUGACAGACGACCCGCAGAGCAACCUGAACGCCCUGCGCGGAGUCAAGGUCAGAGGCACUGGCGCGAAAAGUAUGAUCAAAGGAAGCCUCGCUUUCCGCUCCAUCGGCUACGAGUCCGAGCCCCUAGCUGGAUUAGAUGAGCUUCAUGUGCCUUUCGAUAAGAAGCUCGGCAUCAUUCCCAAUGAUCGUUACGGCAGAGUUCUCAACCCUGACCUGGGACCGGGCGAUCUGACCGCUGCUCAUGUUCCCGGCAUGUACUGCGCCGGAUGGGUGAAACGUGGACCGACUGGUGUCAUUGCCUCCACUCUAGACGAUGCCUUCACAUCGGCGGAUGUCAUUGUGUCGGACUGGCAGAACCAGGUUCAAUUUCAUGAUGGUGCUGGCGAGAAUAAGAGCGGGUGGGAUGCAGUGAAGAGGGAGGUCGAGAAGAGGAACAUACGCCGGGUCAGCUGGCAGGAUUGGGAGAGGAUCGAUGCGGAGGAGAUUCGACGCGGUCAGGCGAAGGGCAAGGAGAGGGAGAAGUGUAGGACUGUUGAGGAUAUGCUGAAGAUCUUGGACUCAUAG